AUGAGUGAAGUUUUUCCAAUAUCUUGUAUCUCAUGCCGUCGAAAAAAGAUAAAAUGUAAUAAGCUGAAACCCUGCAAUCAAUGCUUAAAGAGGUCUAUUGUUUGUGAAUUUCCUUCAACGUUCAGAAAUAUCCAAAUUAAUGAAGAGAAGUUAGACUCACCCCCAAAGCAACGUACUAUGAUCUCUGAUACGUUCCAUGAAGAGAUCGAGCUGUUGAGGCGAGAUAAGUAUCACUUAUGGCAAGAUAAUAUGAAGCUUGUUCAUAAAAACCAACAGUUGGCUGCAACAUUGACAAAGGUUAACAGAAAUACAACUCGUUCAAGUUCAAAAACACAACAAGACAAACCUACCCAAGAAGAAGAGGGAGAUUGUAAAUCUGACAAGGACUGCAUCCAAAUUAAUGGCGAGACUAGUGAAUUAGGCGAUAAAUAUUAUGGUCCGCAAUCCUCGAGCUUUAUGAUGGAGCAGUUAAAGUCUUACAAUGAAGAGGUACCAGCACCAUCCAAAAAGCGCAAAAAUCAAAAUCUUUUAGUAGACAUGGGGUCCGACUCUAAGAGUAGUAAUAAUUCUUUCGAUUCCGACUUAAUUGAACAGAGCCUUUUGAAAAAAGACCUACCAUUCUUGUUGCGAGUCGAUGCAGAUAUGUCAGCAGAUUCUGACACUAAUGAAGAUCUUAAUAAGGCGAAUAAAGAUAUUAUUAGAAAACUUGUCGAUCUAUUUUUUGAGUGCGAUGCAUACUAUAAGACGUUCAUAUCUAAAACAUCUGUUAUUUAUUUCUUAGAUCAACACGAUCAGAUCAAAGAUAAAGAAUGGGAAAACGACGACGAUUUGUUGUUGCUAGAUAUGAUUUUGAUUUUAACUCUUCAAAAAAUAACCCCAAAGCAGUACACUGAACUCAAAUUGUUGGAUGGAGCGUCUUCCAAAAACUACAACAAACAAAAGAACCAUUUGACAAAAACAAUCUUGCUCAAUCAAUUUGAAAAGUUGAGACACAACCUCAUUAAUGAGUCAAUUUUAACGGUACAGUCGUACCUAUUAUGUACUGAGUGGUAUUUUAUCGAACAAAAAUUUGAGGAGUGUUGGUCAAUGUUGUUUCAUUCUUGUUCCAUAUCUUAUGCUAUUGGCUUACAUGUAACUGGAAGGGUCAAAAAUGAAACAGGAGGGAUCGAGGGUAAUGAAAUAGCCAGAUAUAAAUGCUGGUUCGCAUUAAAAUACUUCUGUUGUCAAAUUUGCUCUAUUUUAGGAAGACCAAGUCCAAUAUCAGUACAAGUGAACCAACUUGUUUUGCGGAGUUCCAGAAAAUCGAUACCAAACGACAUCGAUCAAAAGAGAACUCAAAUUUUAUUGAAAAUUGGGGUUAGCGAGUGCCUCAGACUGAGCAAUUUGAUGUUGAUUGAAAAUUUUAUGCUCGAUUUCACAUUUCAGAAUUUGACAGCAUUGGAUGUUAAUUUUGAACGUGAAAUUGGUUUGUUAGAAUGGUUUCUCGAUUCUAGUGAUACAAAUGAUGAAUAUCAAGCGCAGAUAAACUAUGAUGACGAGGAAGAAAUACCCAUGGAAAUUGAUAGAUUUAAUGUGGUGAGCGAUCUCAUCAUUCUUUACGUUAACAGGGCAAAACUAUUUGAACCAUUUGUCAAUAAAUUUGCUCAUAUUAAGACGGAACAUGAUGCAAUCAUAAAACGUAUGACGACGUCAAUCUUCAAAUAUUUAGAUCUAAUUGACUUGUACCUCGUUUCAUUUGUCAACAAGUACACUGAGAGCUAUUUCGAUGAAAACAUGAAUUAUGAGGUUAAAUUUGGUAAAGUAUUUCGGACCAUGUAUCCUUUUUUAAGUUCAUCCAUUUAUCAGGGUAUUGUGGUAAUUUUCACAUUCUUGCAUUAUGAAUUUAAGCAGCUCAUUCAUCUCGAUUCUUCAAGUGUAUCAUUCUUGAAUGAUUUGGAGCACAAAUUGAAUAGAUUGAUAAUAAUUGACCGGACAUUAUCGAAGCAAUUGAAAAACACAACCAAGUUAUGGUCUAAUAAUACUCAUUACUUGAUGGACUAUAUAUUGAGCACAAUUUCAUUAGUGCGGGAUAAACGCAACAAGGCAACAUCAGCAGUUGAGGAUACGGAUACAAACAUCCCUAUUCCUGGAGGAUCUGAUACGAAUGAAUUGAAUAAUUUUUAUGUCGAUUUGAAUGAUCCAUUUUGGCUCACAAAUCCUGACAACUUACCAUUUUAUUUAAGUUCUCCUAGUGAUGAUGGCAGUGUUAUUUCGAUUAAACAGCAGAUACCUCAAAGAAAUCCCCCACCUUCAAGCGAAGCUCUGAUUCAAAACCCGAUCCAGAAUCAGCCACAAACCUCAGAAAUCUUUCAGGUAAACGCACUCUCUAAUCCUCUUUACGGGAACAUAUGGGACCCUAGUCGCGUGGUUCAACCACAAGAUGGCCCAUCACAAAGACAAAUAUCACAACCUAAUCAACAGACUGACAUGGCCAUGUCUAAUCCAUACAACUUCAACGCGAAUGCAGGGAAUCCUAUAGGUUACGCAGCCGCUGGGUCUUCACAAGUUUUCGAUCGGCCACAUACUAUACCGCUGCAUUCAAACUUAGAGAGAAAGCCAACCAAACGCAGUAAGACAAUAUCUUCUAGCACAUAUCGCCUGAGUAACCCUCCAAAAUAA